GAGUCGAGGCGUUUCAUGCUGCGACAACUUUCGACCACCGUUCCCCGCCGCCUUGUCGUCCGGUUUAUUCCUUUGUAAUAAUUCUCUGUCGUUGCGUGCGCCCUAGCCGCCACUCAGCAACGCCAAUUUCCGCCCUUCAGCGCCACGAAAUCGUGUGUACCCGCUGGUUACUCUCUCUGGCGCCCGCUUGCGACGGCCAACGCCCCCGACGAACAACACCCGAAUACCAUGAAUGGCCGCAAUGCACCACUGUCACCUGUCUCUGUAGGCGGUAGCGAAUGGUCAUAUCCAGUCAACGAUAAAGACGGGCUUCCAUACCAAAAUAAUCGAGGUCAACUCAGCACACCGCCCGACUCCGCCGGACCAGUCAAGCCGAUGAACAAUUUCCCGCCAGGGCCGAGGAGCGUCGGCGGCCCGUCGCCGCCCGCUUCCGUCGGCCGAUCGAGCGCCGGGACCAACCUAUACGCAAGGAGCGAGAGCGGGAGAAGCCAGAGUCAAUCGGAAAACCAGGAGUUGAUGCUGUCGGAGCAUUACAUCUCUCUCAAGCGCUUCCUCUCGGCAACAUCACGCGAUGGCAACCCGAAACCCCCACCGAACAAGGCUCGCGACAAGCUGCAACGCCUUACUAGCGUCCAGUUCCUCGAACUCAGCACUGACGUCUACGACGAGCUGAAGCGGCGCGAACUCGCAAGUCGAGUCCCCCCAGGUGCUCCACCCGGCUCUGGGCCUCCCGAUUACCUCUUGCCCGAGGAAAAUUUCCACCCCAAACGAAACCAAGCACGUCAAAAGCUCUCCUCCCUUGGUCCCCCGCGGUUCCGUGACCUGGCCACCGACGUCUUUUGCGAGCUGGAGCGGAGGUUCCCGCGAUUCGCCGGCCCGGAUGUUCCUCGCGUAGGAAGCCCGAUGUCGGUCCGUGGAGGACCGCAGAGCCGCUCGCAAACACCUGUGAAUGGAAUGAACGGGUAUCCCCCGAGGAACCAGAGCCGGAGACGCCCCUCCGAAGCCAGCUCAGUGCGGAGCGGGCGCGGGUUGCCGACGCCUCUGCAGGCCGGCUUCCCGAUUCCACCAUCACCGGGCGUACCGAAUGGCGACUACGGGAGACCGAUGCCGAAACAGUUCCAGAGCAAUACAAUCGUUCCCAACAAGAGCACGAUGGUAGAGGAGGACGAUGAUGCUAUCAGCCCCACGAGUCCAGACCCCAACGCACCAUAUGGGUUUCAGCGCAGCGUAGGGCCAUCCGAGUCCGACAAGAAGCUCGUCGAAGAAUACGAGCAGCAGAUCAGAGACCUGCGGGAGAAGCUUGACGGCAUGGAGGACACAUUGAAGCGAAAGGAUGAUGAACUAAACGGCGCGUUGGAUGGCGAGCGCUCGAAAGCGGCAGCGGCGGACUCGGCAAAAAAUGAGUGGGAUAGUACCCGCACGAAUCUAGAGGACAGGCUCGCCGAAGCACAGGAGCUGAACGACUCCCUGCAGCGGGAGAUCGAUAGGCUCCGGGGUGAGCAUGCGAGCGAAACCCAGGAGCUGAGGGACGAGCUCGAUCAGGCCAAAAACGCCAGCAGUUCGGUACCAAGUGGAACGGCCGACGCCGAGCUGGAGCGAGAAAACAAAGCGCUGCGCAUGGCGCUAGAAGAGCAGGAACAGGUGACUGAGGAAGUGCGGCGGGAGGCGCAGGAGUUCCUCCGAGAGAUGAGGACCAUCUCCCAGCAGAGUGGCGCCACCUGGGACAGGCAAUCCGAGAUGGAGAAGACGAUAGAGUCGCUCGAGAAUGAGGUACGAGAGUGGCAGAACCGCUAUGCGCGCACCAAAACGCAGCUGCGCGACAUGCGCGGCUCCUCUGCUGGACUCACGGCCGACCAGGACGCGUCCAAAUACGUCCGCGAGAAGGGUUUUGUGGACGACGCCGGGUUAGUUAAGGAUAUCCACGUCACGAGAUUCCAGCUCGCCAUCGACGAUCUUCUCCGGCAAGCUCGGGCGGACCCGGAACGCGUGAUCGACGCCAUGAAGGCGGUUGUGGUCAGUGUUCGGCGAAUCACCAAGGACAUCGACACCUCGGCGCAACCCGGAGAGGCGGCCAUGCAGUAUCAAAAGCCCAAAUCCCGGGUGUCGUCUACGGCCAACAACAUGAUCACAGCCUCCAAGAAUUUCGCGAGCUCGGCUGGCAUCUCCCCGGUAUCGGUGCUUGAUGCAGCGGCAUCCCACCUAGUCGCGGCCGUCGUUGAGCUGCUUCGCGCAGCCAAGAUUCGUACCACUCCGGGAGAUGAGUUGGAAGAAGACGACGACGGAACGGUGACCCCUGUGGACUCGACUGGUUUCUUCUCCCCGCAAAGCAACGGGCAGAGCAAGGUAUCAAGCAUCACGUCGGUCCAAGCCUCGCUGCCGCCGCCCCCGCCGUUCCAGGGUCUCGGCCCCAGGAGCCGGGCGAGCGCCGACUCAUCCGCCUACAGCCCAGUCAGCUCGCCGCGCGAGUCGUUCGCAAAGGGCCCAAUGGGCCGCAACGGGGCCGCCGCCAACGGUAGCCAAAGCGGAUACGGGGGGCUAGAAAAGGCCCUACCCAUCGCCCCCAACGCCAAUGGGAACGGGAACGGCCUCUACAACAACGCCCGGCAGCCCGACAGACGGGUCGAGGAUCUCAAGAUCUACCUCGAAGACCAAACAGCCGUCCUCGUCCAGACGAUCCAGAACCUCGUCCAGAUGGUCCGCGACGACGCCGAUAUCAACCAGGUCACGGAGGAGAUCAGCGUCAUCACGGACGUGGUCGGGCAGGUGACGGCGGAGACGCAGGCGGCGGCCGGGCCCGGUCCCGACGGCCCCGAGCUGGUCAAGCGGUUGGUGGCGUGCCGCGAGCGUCUCAUGGAGGCCGGCAGCCGCGGGCUCGAUCUUGCAGCCAGCGGCAGCGACAGCACGAGCCGCGAGUGGCACAUGUGGACGCAGACCCUGCCGCCCAUCGCCUUUGAGAUUGCGCGCGAGACCAAGGAGCUCGUGCAAAACGUCGACCGCCUCGUCUUCGAUGGCGGCGCUGAUGACUUUGCAUAAGAGGUUGACUCUUCCGGUUUUUGAUACUUGAGUUGCAGACACCAACCAGGUGGGUUGGCUGGUGUCGGAGGGGGGAAUUGCAAUUUUUCUUUGCUUAGGCUUUGUUCGGAUACCCAUCAUGGCCACUGGUUUUG